AUGGAAAAUGUCACCUCAGUAAAGACUUUUAUUUUACUGGGCUUCUCUAAUGCCCCACAUUGGCAAAUCCUCUUCUUUGUCAUCUUCCUGUGCAUUUACAUUGCCACCGUACUUGGCAAUCUCCUCAUUAUUAUCAUCAUUAAUAUUGACCCUGUCCUCUCCACUCCUAUGUACUUUUUCCUCAGAAACCUGUCUUUUUUAGAGAUCUGCUACACUUCUGUCACCAUUCCGAAGUUGCUGGAUAACAUCCUUGCUCGGGAUAAAACCAUCUCCUUACAUGCCUGUGCCACUCAAAUGUAUUUCUUCCUCUUCUUUGGUGCCACCGAGUGCUGCCUCCUAGCCUUCAUGGCCUACGAUCGCUACGCUGCUAUAUGCAAUCCACUACGUUACCCAGUCAUCAUGAGAAAGAGAGUGUGUGUUCAGCUUGCUGCCCUCUCUUGGACUUGUGGCAGCCUAGUGGCUGUGGGUCAUACCACCUUCAUUUUUACUCUUCCUUUUUGUGAUUCCAAUGUCAUCAACCAUUUCUUCUGUGAAAUCCAGCCACUGUUGAAACUGGCGUGUGCGGACACAUACUGGAAUGAAUUCCAAAUCAUUGGGGCAGCUGUAUUGGGGCAGCUGAUGCCCUUCAUGUUGGUCCUCUUGUCCUAUUUUCGUAUCAUUUCCACCAUCCUGAGGAUGAAAUCAUCCAAAAGCCAGCAGAAGGCUUUCUCCACCUGCUCCUCACAUCUCAUUGUGGUCUCAUUGUUCUAUGGGACGGCUACUUUCAUAUACAUACGUCCCAAAUCCAGUUACUCUCCGAAUGUGGACAAACUCCUCUCUCUUUUCUAUUCAGUCAUUACUCCAAUAUUGAAUCCCAUUAUCUACAGUCUGAGAAACAAGGAUGUUAAAGGGGCUCUCAAGAGAACACUGUUAAAGUUAAUGCCUUCAAAAUGA